AGGAGACAGAGAUUGAAGAUUUCCCCCCACCCCCCAUCCCCUAAAUUAAACAAACCUAAUUCUUUUCAUAUUUCUUCUUUGUUACGUUUUAGGGUUGCGGUUAUUUAUGGUUGUUUUUUCUCUUUUAACCUUUUAGUCGCUUUCAAUUGAACUUCAGUGGGUUUGUUUCUCUCUUGAAAUCCAGCCACCAGGAUGAAGCUCCAUUCCAGCUACGAUCCCAGCAGUGCUGGUGCGCAGGGAUUACUGUGCGUGCCUUACAUAAGGCAGUCCUGUUUACAGACACAAGGAUUUUGGUCUUUACCAGCAGUACGAUGUCGUUGGCUUGCGUUCAGCUUGUGACUAAUUGUAACCCCAGCUCUUUAUUUCUGCAGAGCUGCCUCUUAGGGACCAGGCUAAAGGAGAUUGGAGGAAAUGGGAUUUUUCUGAAUCUGCAAAGCAUGCCUGGGUUUGGGAUUGAGAGAACCCCUGCCAGGGAGGAACACGGCUGUUGCUGGCAGCUUGGGUCUCAGUGCGGCCGGUGCCGGUCCCGGGGCAGAGGGCCCUGGAGCUGCCAUGACGACGGGCGACUGCUGCCACCUCCCCGGCUCCCUCUGCGACUGCCCGGGAAGCGCCGCGCUCUCCAAGUCCGUGGAGGACUCGGACAUCGGUCGCCCGCAGUACGUCACGCAGGUCACCGCCAAGGAUGGGCGGCUCCUCUCCACGGUGAUCAAGGCGCUGGGCGCGCAGAGUGACGGUCCCAUCUGUCGAAUCUGUCACGAAGGUGGAAAUGGGGAGGGACUGCUUUCCCCGUGUGACUGCACAGGAACACUGGGCACCGUGCACAAGAGCUGCCUGGAAAAAUGGUUAUCCUCCUCCAACACAAGUUACUGUGAGCUCUGCCACACAGAAUUUGUUGUAGAGAGAAGACCGAGACCUUUGACAGAGUGGCUAAAGGAUCCCGGUCCCCGCAACGAGAAGAGGACCCUUUUCUGUGACAUGGUGUGUUUCCUGUUCAUUACUCCCCUGGCAGCAAUCUCCGGCUGGCUGUGUCUGCGCGGAGCCCAGGACCAUUUGCAGUUCAACAGCCGACUGGAGGCCAUCGGACUCAUAGCACUAACUAUAGCACUUUUCACAAUCUACGUCCUUUGGACGCUGGUUUCGUUCCGCUACCACUGCCAGCUGUACUCGGAGUGGCGAAGGACCAACCAGAAAGUCCGCUUGAUGAUCCCAACCUCGCGGAGCCCUCACCCUGUGCCCCACUCCCUCCUCUCCGCCAAGCUCAUGAAGAAGACCGCGGAUGAAACCACCGUCUGAGCCGUCCCCUGGCCGCUGUGCCACGUGGCUGCGGGGCCCAGGGCAGCCCGUCGGGGCUGGCAGGAGCAGAGAGGGUCGGGCGUCUCCGCAUGCGCAGGACACGUGGCGACUGUGGAGGCACUAGAAACCAAUCAUCCCACCCGAAGGGACUUUGCGGUCAGCACAUACUUUAUACUACGUCAGACAGAUAAUCAACGUCUGUCGUGUGAAAUGGCCCAAAAGAUCCAGAUGGCAGAAUAUGCCUGUCUGCAGGGACACUUUCCUAUAACUAAAUACCACACGUGGAAAAUAUCUCCCCCUCUAUAUAUAUAUAUAUCUAUAUAUAAUAUUAUUUUUUAAUGGCCAUGCAUAUUGUGUUUCAGUCCUUUUGUGUUGAUGUUCUAAGCUUCAGUAUAGAAGCUGGCAGCCUGAUCUCAUACAGAGGUUAAAUCUAUGCCUUUUCUCCAAAUGAGCAUAUAAAGAACACUUUUCAUCAACCGUUCUUGAAAGUCCCCUUCUCCUUUGCACUAAAUUGGUUUUGAUAAUACUGCAGCAGCCUUUCCCGUUACUCUUUGGUCUCUUUCGUGGUGUUUCUGUCCUUUCUAGAAAGUUGUGUGUUUUUAAUAAUUAUUAUAAUCCCAGAAGGAGUAAAAUGAUGUAAUACUGAAUGGAGACAUUUUGUAUUGUAAAGUACUGUAAUUUUGAGAAUUUCAAAAUAAGUUUCAAAAUGAGAAAAUCUUUUCCUGUGCAGACGUGAUCUCACAAGAUGCUUUCCUUGCAGAUCCUGGCUCAUCCCCAGGACUUGGAUGCACUCAGCUCUUGGUAUGUCUGGCAGAGGUAGAUAGAUGGAGGAUCUGAGGGUGGGAAGCAAUGGCUCGUACUAGCUAAACCCACCACUGCCUUUUGCUUUGCAAAGAUUCAGGAAGGAGCUUUCCUGACCCCAAAAGGUGAGAGUCGGAGUCUCUGUUUGCUGAUGUUCUUUCACCAUCCUGAGGCUGGACCUCUCGCAGUUGGUUACACACACACUUCACGGGACAGGCCCUGCUCUGCAGCCGCUCGGCAGGACGCAGGAGGGCUCGGCUGUCUCUCUGAGCUUAUUUGCACGUUCCUCAGCAGCAGCCCCGCUUGCUGCUGGGGUUUGGUUCAUCCCUGAAAGCGCUGCCUGCCUGGUACGUGUCCUCUGGUGAAACACCCCAAGUUUGCUGGUUCCCAGGAAACAGGCUCUGGGUCCCUUCUUCUGCAGGGCCAGCAUUCCUCCUCCUCCUUCAUCCACCUGCGUUUCCAGCACAUCUAGCUAACGAAUCCCUCUGUCUUGGAGUGCCCAGUCUGCCAAGGUUUUGCUUUAGUCGUUGCCUCUACUGCCUCCCCACCCUGGCAGACGAUGCCUGUGCUUGGCGCUGGGCUUUCCUGAGCCCUGCGAGCGGGGCGGGUCCGUAAGGAUGCCAGUGCUGGUGCUGCCCUGCUGAGCGCUCCAAGGCGUCUGCAGCUGCUUGGCGUCAGCCUGGGUGCUCUGCCGUGAUGGGGAGGGUGGAUGGCAGGGGGGAAGUGGGCUCCGAGGUGCCAGUGUCCUUGCGGUGGGUGGUGGCGGUCACACGCUGUGUCCCUCUGCUCCUUUGCUGAACCUAAGCAGAUCGGUCCGAUGCCCUGCAAAAUCAAGACCUGUCUCUGCUUGAAUUCAAAGCACCAGAUGCCACACCUCUCUAGCUGCAGAGCGGGAUGCUUUUCCUUAUGUGUUCCCUGACCCUAAGCUCGAAGUUGCUGGUGGCAUGAGCAUCAGGGGCUAGUGUCCUGUCUCUCCCUGCGGGAUUGCUCCAGCCCUGGAGCCCGGCCUGUGUCUGCUCUUCUCCCCAGUGUGCUGUCCCAGGGUUCUCAUGCAACUCCAUUUUAUCCCAGCACAUUUUGCAGCAGCCUCUCUCUGCCCAGCUGUGGGCUGGUCUGAGCUGGUCUCUGUUCUGAGCGUGAGGGUCUCGUUUGCUUCCCUUUUCCCUGUCGUGCAGGGAUGACUUGGCCCCGGUGCUCCCGGAGGUUCACAGUGCAGAGAGGUCUCUUCAGCCCAGCUGCAGUCACGGUCCCUGCACAGCAGUAGC